UCGUAACGAGAGUUGCCAUAAUCACAACUGAGGAGGUAGAUAGUGAGGGUACAGAGAAGAUGGUGGUGGAGCGCGACAUAGAUGAUCUCCCGAAGAACGCAGCGAACUACACGGCCUUGACUCCGCUGUGGUUGCUGGAGAGAGCGGCUGUGGUGCAUCCCAACAGGAAAUCAGUGAUCCAUGGAUCUUUGCAGUACACGUGGCUCGAGACUUAUCAGCGGUGCCGCCGAUUGGCUUCCGCUCUUUCUAAGUAUUCCAUAGGCGCCGGCAGUACGGUAGCCAUAAUUGCACCAAACAUCCCUGCCAUGUAUGAAGCUCAUUUCGGGGUUCCCAUGUCUGGAGCGGUGGUGAACUGUGUUAACAUUCGUCUAAAUGCACCGAUAAUUGCUUUCCUUCUUGAGCAUUCAUCGGCAGCAGUUGUAAUGGUGGAUCAAGAGUUUUUCCCAUUGGCAGAGGAAGCUUUGAAAAUCUGGUCAGACAAAAGCAAAAAUGAUUUUAAGCCUCCACUUCUAAUCGUCAUAGCUGAUGAAAGCUGCGAUCCUAAAGGACUAGAAUAUGCUUUGAGGAAAGGGGUCAUUGAAUAUGAGCAGUUCCUGGAAACAGGAGACCCUGAAUUUGCAUGGAAACCACCACAGGAUGAGUGGCAGAGUAUUGCUUUGGGGUAUACUUCUGGAACAACAGCCAGCCCUAAGGGGGUAGUGUUGCACCAUAGGGGAGCAUAUAUCAUGGCCCUCACUGGUGCUCUUGUAUGGGGGAUGAAUGAAGGAGCUGUGUACCUAUGGACACUUCCAAUGUUUCAUUGUAAUGGCUGGUGUUUCACUUGGACACUUGCUGCUCUUUGUGGGACCAACAUAUGCCUUCGGCAGGUUGCAACCAAGGCAAUUUAUCAAGCCAUAGCCAACGAUGGUGUAACCCACCUCUGUGCUGCACCAGUGGUCCUCAACAGCAUAGUCAAUGCCCCCAAAAGUGAAACCAUCCUUCCCCUUCCACGCGUGGUCCAUGUAAUGACAGCUGGGGCUGCUCCGCCCCCUUCUGUUCUCUUUGCCAUGUCCCAACAAGGCUUUCGAGUCACCCAUACCUACGGACUCUCAGAAACCUACGGCCCCUCCACAGUAUGUGCAUGGAAACCUGAAUGGGAUGAACUACCACCUGAAACUCAAGCCCGUCUCAAUGCACGCCAAGGCAUCCAAUACAUCGGCUUGGAGGGCCUAGAUGUGGUCAGCACCACAGACAUGAAGCCUGUCCCUGCCGAUGGAACCACCAUUGGUGAGAUUGUGAUGCGGGGUAAUACUGUGAUGAAGGGCUACUUAAAGAACCCGAAAGCCAACGAGGAAACUUUUGCAAAUGGAUGGUUUCAUUCAGGUGAUCUUGGGGUGAAGCAUCCAGAUGGGUACAUACAACUUAAGGACCGAUCAAAAGACAUCAUCAUCUCUGGAGGCGAAAACAUAAGCAGCGUGGAGGUUGAAAAUGCUGUAUACUUGCACCCUGCAGUGCUAGAGGCAUCAGUGGUGGCAAGGCCAGAUGACCGCUGGGGGGAAUCGCCUUGUGCUUUCGUGACGUUGAAGCCAGGGGUUGAUAGCUCCGAUGAAAGACGCCUGGCAGAAGAUAUUAUGAAGUUCUGCCGAUCCAAGUUGCCGGCUUACUGGAUUCCAAAAUCUGUGGUGUUUGGACCAUUGCCCAAGACAGCCACUGGGAAGAUACAGAAGCAUCUGCUGAGGGCCAGGACGAAGGAGAUGGGACCUCUUAAGAAGAGCAAGCUGUAGUAAUCUCUCAGGGUAGUCCAUGAAUGAAUAAAAAGAUGGAUCUUCUUGUUGCCGGUUAGUCUCCCUCGUACUCUGUUAAUUCGUUCAGUUCGGGCUAUAGGAUUUGUGGUUGGGCUACUAAUACGGUUAAACAUUUGAAGAAAAAUGCUUCUCUCAUAUUCACCUUCCCCAAUUGGGACUAUCAUGUACUGUUACUUAUUUAGGAACUCGUUUGGACGACUGAGUCAAAGACCGGGUCAAAAAGCCCACCAUGAAUAAUCAACAUUUGAAUAUUCUAUUUAUAAAGUCAAUUUCAAAAUA